AUGUCUCACGAGGAAGAUCUCAUCGACUACUCCGACGAGGAGAUCCAGACGACUGAUGCGCCCGCCAACGGCAGCGCAGCUGCAACCAAGGGCGGCGUCACCGCCGGUGAUGCUGCAGGCGACAAGAAGGGCAGCUACGUCGGCAUCCACUCGACCGGUUUCCGCGACUUCUUGCUCAAGGACGAGCUCGUACGAGCAAUCACGGACUGUGGCUUCGAACAUCCUUCCGAGGUCCAGCAAGUUACCAUUCCACAGGCCAUCCUAGGAAACGAUGUCCUCUGCCAGGCCAAGUCCGGUCUCGGAAAGACUGCCGUCUUCGUUCUCGCAACCCUCCAGCAGAUGGACGAGAAGCCCGAACCCGGUACCGCCACUAUCCUGGUCAUGUGCCACACUCGCGAGUUGGCCUACCAGAUUCGCAACGAGUACAACCGCUUCGCCAAGUUCUUGCCUGACGUCAAGGUUGGUGUCUUCUACGGAGGAACUCCCGUUCAGAAGGACAUCGAGCUCCUUAGCAACAAGGAUACCCACCCUCACAUCAUCGUCGGUACUCCCGGUCGUAUCAACGCCCUCGUCCGCGAUAGGCAUCUCCGCCUUGCCAACCUGAAGCACUUCGUCCUCGAUGAGUGUGACAAGAUGUUGGACCAGCCCGACAUGCGCAACGACGUUCAAGCCAUCUUUCGCGCUACACCCCAGCACAAGCAGGUGAUGAUGUUCUCCGCCACCCUCAACAAGGAGGUGCGCGUUGUCUGCAAGAAGUUCAUGCAGAACCCGCUCGAGAUCUACGUCGAUGACGAGAAGAAGUUGACGCUUCACGGUCUCCAGCAGUACUACAUGAAGCUUGACGAGAAGGAGAAGAACCGGAAGCUUAACGACCUUCUCGACAGCUUGGAGUUCAACCAGGUCAUCAUCUUCGUUCGCUCGACUCUGCGCUGCUCUGAGCUCGACAAGCUUCUCCGCGAGUGCAACUUCCCCAGCACUGCUGUCCACUCUGGCAUCAGCCAAGAAGAGCGUAUCAAGCGCUACAAGGAGUUCAAGGAGUUCCAGACCCGUAUCUGUGUCUCCACUGACAUCUUCGGUCGUGGUAUCGACGUCGAGCGCAUCAACGUGGCCAUCAACUACGACAUGCCCGACAAGGCCGAUGCCUACCUCCACCGCGUCGGUCGUGCCGGUCGUUUCGGAACCAAGGGUCUCAGUAUCUCGUUUGUGAGCAGCCCAGACGACGAGGCUGUCCUCAAGUCGAUCGAGGAGCGCUUCCAGGUCGAGCUCCCUGAGUUCCCCGAGGAUGGUAUCAACUCGUCCACCUACAUGGACAACUAA